AUGGCCACUUCUGUGCUCGACUUCCCGCAGGUCUGGCAGCGACCAUCAUACGACGAGUUGCUCGCAUGUUUCCACUCUCUCAGAUAUGAACCUCCAGUAUGGGGUCCAGACACUUCAAGACGGAAUAUGAUCAGCAAACAUGAGCGGUCUGCUCAGUACCAGCGCGAAGUCGCAGGCUAUCUGUCGUCCAUGAUCAAGAGCGGCUUCUCCUGGAUCACGGACGAGGAGGAGCAGGAGGUUUUGUGGAAUGAGGCUAGUCGGCGGAUAUCAGAGCGAUGCGGCAGGGCUGGGAUGGGCGAGCUCGUGCGCCGAUGGCCGUUUGUGCGGGAGACCGAGGAGUCUUCGUUCGAACUCAUCGUCCGCGAGCCCCCAAUUACGGGGGAUGCGCUGGGUCUAAAGACAUGGGCUUCAUCUUAUGCUCUGGCUCAGCUUCUGGGAAGCAUUGCCCAAGACUCUCUAGCUCAUCUGCUCGCGCUGGACAAGCCCAAUACACGUCCUAAAAUUCUUGAGCUUGGCUCCGGUACAGGCUUGUUGGGAAUGGCCGCCGCCGGGCAAUGGCGGGCCAACGUGCUGCUCGGCGAUCUUCCCACCAUCAUAUCGAACUUAUCGUUCAAUGUGGACGCGAACCGGUCCACUAUUGAUAGAUUAGGUGGAAGUCUGGACCAAGCGGCUCUUACCUGGGGCGGUCCCCUUGACGACGAUGACGAGAGCAAAGACGAUGAACGUUUCGCCCACAAAAAUCAGUUUGAUAUCAUACUUGCCGCAGAUGCGAUCUAUGAUGAUGACCAUCCCGAACUGCUCGCUGCAGCCAUAUGCGAGCAUCUCUCUACCAAGCCUGAGGCACGGGUUGUCCUCAUGAGCCCAUUGAGGGACUCAUUGACAAGCGUCUUGUUGGAUAGGCUUCGCUCGACCCUUGCCAAAAGCCACUUACACCUGGUAUGCCUCGAGGAACAUAUUGUCGAGGCCCAGGAUGAUUGGGAUGAGGAUCGCGAUACCCAGCAGGUCAAGUGUUGGUGGGCUGUCUUUGGGCAGAAGACGCACCCUGUCGGACUCUGA